AUGAAGUUUGGGGGGCAGGAGUUCAACUUCUCGCCGCGGAAUCGCUGGCAUUGGGCCGGAGCAGCCGGCGUGCUGGUGAUUUUCCUUUCGUUUAUAGGGCUUUUCCACCAGUUCGGAUCAACGACGCCUAUUCAAAUUAGCGGUUCAAAUUCCGCGACGCUGGAUAAUUAUAGGCCGCCAGAAGACCACAUUCUACAACCGUCAAACGAGUCAACAACGGCCCAGUAUCCAAUUUCCAAGUUCCAUUUAUUGGCCCCAGCAAGCGGGAAGCAUUUCCGACUAUGCAGGGCUAUCGCAAGCGGCGUGAUGCUGGGAUAUCCCGCGCCGGUAUUUAACGGGUGGAUGAAGGAGGGAGACCUCGACGCAGAACUUGUCCCGGACUCCGAUGACGACCUGGUAUUGAUGAUCGACAGCUACGACGUCGUCUUCCAAUAUAGCCCGGAUGUCCUGAUCGACAGGUAUUUUGCACUCACCAAAUCGGUCUCCACCAAGAUCGCGUCAAGAUUCGGCUUCGAUGCCCCGGACGGCUUGAUCGGUGAUGACAGUCCGCGGCUGACCAUUCUCUUUGGCCCGGAGAAAAUCUGCUACCCGGUCGAUGACACUCGCAUCGGCUGCUGGGCUGCCCCCAGCGACAUCGACCUGCCCAUAGGCGCUUACGGCGGGAAGCCCGACGGUGGCUUCGACAACAACCCACCCCGCUGGCUCAAUUCCGGCACCAUCAUGGGCCCGGUAGGCGACAUGCGCCGCAUGUUUCGGGCUACGGUGGAAUUGAUCAAUAAGACGUAUGACGCGGGUCAGGAAUUCAGCGACUCGGACCAGAAGUAUCUGAGCAACCUCUGGGGGUACCAGGAGUACUGGCGCAGCGUCAAGGCGCGCCAGCUAUAUUUCCAUGGGGAUGUCGACGCUAGUGAGGUGGUUCCUCCGGGCAAACGGAUGAUUCCGACUACUGAGCCUGAACAUUUCGAGUAUCACAUGGGUGUCGACCACCGAUCGAGUUUGUUCCAGACGCGGGUGGGCUCGGAACAUGUCCUCGAGUUCCUCCGCUUUAAUGAGACGAACGAGCACGGGCAUUACGCCUGGGUUGACAAGAACGUCGGCAAUUCGCCGACUUUCAGGCCAUUCAAGAUCAUGCUGCCGUUGAGUCUGGCUGACGCGAUUCGACGUCUCCUGGAUUCCAUCUCUUCGUCCGUUUCGGAUCUGCCUGAUAUCACGGCGAUCCAGUUGCACACCAACCUGGUCACCAAGCAUGUAUAUGGAAUGUUCCACUGUAUUGGCGAAAAGGGCUAUAUCGAUGAUCUAUGGAGUAAGCUAUGGUUCUACCCAUGGGUCCGGCCUCUAUUCGAGGCGGGGGUCAAGUCUCUCAAGGAAGAGAAGACUAUCGCUAUUUCGAAUGGGCGAACCUGGAAGCCCGCUCGUACCCUUCCGAAAGACUCUCAUCAGACCGGCAUUGAGGCUUACGGAGCAUGGGCCGAUAUCGACGGUGGGUGGCUGCCAUGGCAAGACUUGUGUGGCGAAUACGAAGAGCAAGUCUUCGGAGCGAAGAUUCAUGAGGGAAAUGUUUGA